UCGGGGUGGCUGGGUGUGCAGCUGCCACACACCCCACGGACCAGCACCUCCUGAUCUAGCCAGGACCUGGUGUGCACAGAACUGCAACAGCCCUGGGAGGGACGCACCUCGUCAACGUCAUCUCCGAUGAGGAAGCUGAGACGCAGAGCAGGGGAGUGGUUUGCCCAACAUCACACAGCCCAGGCCGUAGUGAGGCCCGUGUGUCAGAGCCUGUCGGCGCAGCCACUGUGCUGGGCUGCCCCUCUGUGAGCUGCAGAAAGGAAAGAAAAUCCCUUGGCUCCAAAAUGACAUCCAGAGAACCGAAGACAAGCCUCAAGAAUGCCUACCCGUCUCCCAAGAAGCUGCUGCCCAAGGUGGAGGAGGAGGGGGAGGCUGAGGAUUACUGCACCCCCGGAGCCUUCGAGCUGGAGCGUCUCUUCUGGAAGGGCAGUCCCCAGUACACCCAUGUCAACGAGGUCUGGCCCAAGCUCUACAUCGGUGAUGAGGCGACGGCGCUGGACCGCUACGGGCUGCAGAAGGCGGGCUUCACGCACGUGCUGAACGCGGCCCACGGCCGCUGGAACGUGGACACAGGGCCCGACUACUACCGCGACAUGGCCAUCGAGUACCACGGCGUCGAGGCCGAGGACCUGCCCACCUUCGACCUCAGUGUCUUCUUCCACCCAGCGGCCGCUUUCAUCGACGCUGCGCUCCGCUACGAUCACAGUAAGAUCCUGGUUCACUGCGCCAUGGGCCGCAGCCGGUCGGCGACUCUGGUCCUGGCCUACCUGAUGAUUCACAGGAACAUGACCCUGGUGGACGCCAUCCAACAAGUGGCCAAGAACCGCUGUGUCCUACCCAACCGGGGCUUUCUGAAGCAGCUCCGGGAACUGGACAAGCAGCUGGUGCAGCAGAGGCGACAGGCCCGGCUCGGCGGGGACGGUGACAGGGCUGGAGAAAACAGCAGCAGGCACCAAGCAGGGAGAGAUGGCUUCUAGAACCAGAAACUGGAAACCAGGCAGAACCCAGGGAGCUGCUGAUGGAGACGCCAGCAGUCCAGGACCAGACAUCAAAACUGCCUGAUAAAGGCCUAUGGGGAAAACAGGAAAAGGGUCCCAUUAGGGGCUCAGGAGCUUUGUAAAACCACCUGAGGGUCACCCUGUAACCCUAGUGGGGCUGCCCUGCUUUUUGUGCCAGAGGGGAAGACCGGUGGCCUGGGCCCUGUGGCUGGUAGGGCUUUCUGGGACUGCCUAGGAUCUGCUCUGGGACGGUCACCUUGGCUCAUAAUGGGUCCUCAUAAUGACUCAGAUUUGGUUGUAAGGGGAGCCAUAUACACAGGCGCUUAGGAAAGAGAUGCAGACGGGAAGGGAUUCUAGUGGCCUGUACCUAGACUUUCCCAUCAUGGGAUCCCAACAGCCCCCUCUAAACUCAGUUAUCUCCUAAGUCUGAUCUAUUCCUUAUCCAGAAAGAAAUAUUUCCAUUUUAAUAAAACGUUACUUUUAUCCACCAGAGUGAAGUAUUUACAUUUAAAUGAAUCCGUAUGUGGGAAGGAGAGGUCUGCUGCUUGGUGUUCCUCGCAGUGCUCUUUUGGUCUUCUCCCUCUACCUUCCCACGGGCUCCCCCCUCCUUGUGGGGCUAUAGGUUCUGCCCAGGGAAGCAGAAGUUGGAGGUCUGGUCUCUUCAAUAUGGGAGCCAGCGUUAGGAUAAAGGAGGAACAGAAGCUUUUGCAAAAGCAUUUAAAUUCUUCAUAAAUAAAAUAUUCAUU